AUGAAUACUUUCGAGUCAUCGGCGACGACUCCGACAGGCCCUCGCGACUCCGGGGAAGCCAGAGAUAUCCACGAUAACUCGUCACGCUCGCCCACCCAUGUAGAUUCAGCCCUGUCAUCUUCCUAUGGCAGCAGCCGGUCCCAUUCAAGCUUUUCGUCCCGAAAGUAUGCUGGCACCCCGCGGUCUCACAGGCAGUCCAACGAGUCCACCCCAGUCUUUGAUGAGGCAGGCGCCUCGACGCGUAACUACGGGGCUACGGAGGCGCCCAAUUUGUCUAGCGCGGCGUCCGGGCGAACAAGCAACGACAAGCAGAGCGCUCCUCAAACCCGUAAUGGCGGCAACGGCGGCAACUCAUCACAUCAAGACAACCAACAUGAUGACCCGCAUCAGUCGCGGUAUAGCCGAUUUGUAGAUCGGUUCGGAGCCCUCGAGCUGGAGAACAAGGGCAGCGUUGCGCGUGACCAUCUAGCCUUAGAGCGAACCUUUCUAGCUUGGAUGCGCACAUCCCUCGCCUUUGCCUCCAUCGGUAUCGCAGUCACCCAGCUCUUCCGUCUCAAUACCGCAACAGCCACUAAAGAUGCAUACGGUCUUGGUGUGACUUCUCCGGGACACCCCGAUAUACUCCCUCCUCAAUUCUCCUCAUCCUCCAUUAAUGCUGCUUCGGCAUCCUCUCGCCUCCGCAGCGUUGGCAAACCCCUCGGUUCUACGUUUAUCGGCGUCGCCAUCAUCAUUCUUAUAAUAGGCUUCCACCGCUACUUUGAGAGUCAGUACUGGAUUGUCCGUGGCAAGUUCCCUGCUAGCCGGGGAAGCGUUGCACUGACUGCGUUUAUUGCGGCAGCGUUGAUCAUUGCGGCGUUAGCGGUUAUUCUGGCCGUUUCUCCGGGGGCUAUUGAGCAGUGA